AUGACCCAACAAGGGUCAAAUCAUAAAGCUUUAGGCAAGCCAAAAGGGUCUCUCAAUGCUCCUAUUGCAGCUUUUACGAUGGCUGUCCUGCUUUGUUCAUACUGCAUUAGUUCUAUCCGUACUGCACGGCGAGAUGCCCAGAUCCAAGCACCGGGGCCCAGUUCUUAUCGGCGAGCUACGCCAUUCGAGAGAAAAGACGAGUCGUGGGUUCAACAAGCACUCGAUGAGAGUCGAGCUCAGAAUGGUGGGAAUGGACGACCUUGA